AUGAAGUACCAGUGGUUUUACAGAGAGGUGGGGAAAUGGUGUCUUACCGGGUCACCUCGGAGCAUCAUUGUCACCAUCAUCCUCGUCAGCAGCAUCAUCAUCAUCAUACUGUUUGGGACCUACCAGCAUGGCGAUAAAGAGCUGCUCGUGCAGCCACCAGCAUCUGCCGGCACCGGCCAUACCAUAACGGAAAUUGAAGAAGCCAGUCCGACUGGAACAGACUUCCUGAUAAACCCUGAAUUCGAUUCAAGCAGAAUGGAACAGUUGAUCGCAUCAAAUGCCAAGGACUCCGACCGAACGAAGAGGCAGACAUCUGAUUAUGAAGUUGAAAUCUUCUUCGUUAUCGACUACAGUCUUUAUUCAUUGUACGAAUUUGCAUAUAUCUGCAUGAGCAUUCGCUACAACUCUGUGACGGGUUCAGGGUAUAGCAUUAACCUAAUUUACGCGGGUAUAUAUAUUGCCACUAAAUCUACGGACGUUCCGUACGUCGAGGACAAUCUAGAAGAAUACGAAGUCGAUGGUCGCCGAGUGUUCUUAACGAACUCUGUAUUGCCUGCCUUCAAGGACUGGGCAAACAGAUACCUAAACGCGAUCUACAACUUCGACGUAGCAAUGAUGUUUACAAGCUUGUUCGCCCAGCAUGAUGGUACAGUCGACGGUAUUGGCGAACGUUGUUCCAGUGCCGAUAUGUAUGUGAUGGGUACACCUAGAAGCAUGUCUUCUGACGAUGCCAGAAACAUCCGCCAGUUCUCAUUUUCUUCAUGCUCUAUCGAUUACUUUACUGCGUACAUAACGUCGUUAAACAUUGGCGAGAACUGUCUGGCAACACGCAGCGCAAACUAUGACACAUCUGACCUUAACCCUUAUUUAGGUGAUAUUGCGGGUCAGGUGUACACUCCAGAUCAGCAGUGUGAAUUAUACUUGGAGCCGAUCGCCUAUCAAUCGAAUUACAGCGGGAUUUGUUCCAGAAUGAACUGUGUUGUUCCUGACACUAAUGGCAGUUAUUACUAUAAACUCGCCUGGGAGGGUACAACUUGUGGGGAUGGAAAGAUGUGUAGUGGUGGAUCAUGCGUUACGUCGUCCAGAGCCCCGGCUGUAGCGGCUGGUGAGUGCAACGACACCUACUACGACUACUACAUCAACAACUUCCACAACACCAACAACGACGACAUAUACACCGACUGCGACUACAACUUCAAGAACUUCAACUACCACUGA